AUUUUUGAGAAAAUACACCAGUCAGAGCCACCCAUGGAGCUCGAUAGCGGCCGAACGCCGGCGGAGACGUCACGGAAUGCCGACCACCUCUGUGUCUUGGUCCAUGGACUCUGGGGCAACCCUUCCCAUCUGGACUAUAUCACCUCGUCGCUAAGAGACCGAUACAGCGAGGAUCGGCUCCAUAUCCUAGCCGCCAAGCGGAACUCCGGAAACUUCACCUACGAUGGCAUCGAGGUCGGUGGAGAGCGUGUGGCACAUGAGGUUGAAGAAGCACUGGAGGAGCUGGCAGAAGCAGGGCAUCACAUCACCAAGUUAAGCAUGGUCGGAUACUCUCUUGGGGGUCUUGUGGCUCGAUAUGCGCUCGGGCUGUUGUAUGCCCGGGGAUGGCUCGAUAAGCUUGAGCCCGUCAACUUCACCACAUUCGUUUCACCACAUGUCGGCGUACGACAUCCUCUAAAGGGCACUUGGGGCUUCCUCUGGAACAACGUGGGGCCUCACACCAUCUCCAUCUCAGGCAAACAACUGUUCAUGAUCGAUUCGUUUCGAGACUCGGGCAAGCCGCUGCUCAGCGUGCUAGCCGACCAGGACAGCAUCUUCAUCAAGGCUUUGAGAAAAUUCAAGCAUCGCACCGUGUAUGCGAAUGUUGUCAACGACCGGUCAACUAUUUACUACACUACGGCUAUCUCACCGAUCAACCCGUUCCACGAUCCGGAGGAUGUUGAUAUCAACUACGUGAAAGGCUAUGAACCGGUCGUGAUUGAUCCUGACAUGCAUAUCUUACCAUCAGAGAAGAAACACACAGAGCCACUGCCACUCCUUUUCCAAGCACGGCGACAGCUUACCAGUGUCUUGACCGAUAUCCCCUUCCAACUCCUCUUUACCACCAUCUUAUUCAUCGGGUUCCCUAUCUUUCUCGUCAACUCCGCCAUCCAGACCUUCCGCAGCCAGCGAAGAAUCCGUCUCCACGAAGAGGGACCUUCAGGAACCAUAUUUGGACGCUACCGCGUCCCUGUCAUGGUCCAAGGGGUCCAGCACGCCAUCGAAGAGGCUUUCGAACACGCAGCUACCAGACAAGACCCAGACUACCUCUCCAUGAACACGGACGAAAUCAAGGAGAAACCAAAACAAGUUACAUCCACAAGAAAAGGCAGAAGAACCGUCGAGGGCAAAAGCAUCUCCGAGACCCAAGAAUUUCCAACUCUCGCAUUGACACCGGCUCAAUUCUCCAUCAUUGAAUCCCUCAACUCCGUUGGCUUCCGAAGACACCCGGUCUACAUCCACAACCACCGACACAGCCACGCCGCGAUUAUUGUCCGGAUACCCAAACCGGGCUUCGAAGAGGGAAAGGUGGUCAUCAAACACUGGCUUGAACAAGUUUUCGAAAUUUGA